GUUGGUUCAAUUGACAAUGAUUUCAGCGGUACUGACUUGACAAUCGGUAGCAAUACCGCGCUCCAUCGUAUAUCAGAAGCAAUUGAUGCUAUCGCAAGUACGGCCUAUUCACACAAACGAGUAUUUAUAAUGGAAGUAAUGGGACGACACUGCGGAUAUUUGGCGUUGAUUACAGCCUUGUCAAGUGAAGCAGAUUACAUGUUUAUACCUGAAACACCAUCCACAUUAGAUUGGCCACAGACUUUAUGCAAUCAAUUAAAAAAUGAGAGAAGUACUGGCAAAAGAAUGGGCUUAAUUAUUGUUUCAGAAGGAGCGAUUGACGUAAAUGGAAACCCUAUAUCCACUGAGGAUAUCAAAAAAGUAAUCAUUGAUAGCCUUAACAUAGAGCCUCGAAUUACGGUACUUGGCCAUAUACAACGGGGUGGCAAUACUAGUUCUGGCGAUCGAAUACUAGGCUGCCGGAUGGGUAUUGAAGCAAUUAUUGCGUUAAUGGAGUCUACCCCUGAAAGUGAGCCCGUAGUUAUAACAUUAACUGAGAAUCAAAUCAGAAGGAAACCAUUAAUGAAAUGUGUUGAGCAAACCACAGCUGUUACAAAUGCAAUGAAAGCAAAGGAGUGGAACAAAGCUGUCGAAUUGCGAGGAGAAUCGUUUAAGCAAAAUUUGGAAGCAUUUUUAACGCUUGCUUCUCUGAAGCCAACACCAAUAAUGUUAAAAGCAAAUCCUUAUCGUUUUGCAGUUAUAAAUAUUGGAGACCCAGCCAGUGGCAUGAACACUGCAGUUUAUGUCUUCGUACGAAUUUGUAUUGAUCAUGGUGAUAUUCCCUUAGGUGUCCAUGACGGAAUUGAUGGUCUCAUUAGUGGAAACAUCAAAGAGCUACAUUGGUCCGAUGUAAGUGGAUUAGCAAGCCAAGGUGGUGCUUUUCUAGGAAUAAAACCUACUUUACCUACUGGAAAAUUUGAAGAAAUUGUGAAACAAAUUAAAGAAUUCAGAAUAAAUGGUUUUGUAUUUAUGGGGGGUUUUCGUGCCUUUGAAGCUGGAGUACAGUUUAUUGAACAGCGAAAUAUUUAUCCAGAAUUGUGUAUACCGUUGGUCGUUAUACCAGUAUCAAUAUCGAAUAAUGUGCCCGGAACAGAAUAUUCGCUUGGUUGUGACACAAGUCUAAACGAAAUUACUGUAAUAUGCGAUCAGCUUCGUCAGUCAGCACAAGGAACUAGAGACCGUGUAUUCGUUAUCGAAAUAAGGGGUGGAUAUUGUGGUUAUCUUUCAACAAUGGCUGGUCUUGCUUCUGGCUCUGAUGUGACUUAUAUCAGCGAAGAAAACUUCACUGUUUCUGAUAUUCAAGAGGAUGUUCAGCGUAUGAUUUUAAAAAUGAAUUCUGGAGUGAAAAAAGGCCUUGUCAUAUGCAACGAAAACUGUUCAACUAAUUUGAAUAGUGACUUUAUACAUCGAUUAUAUUCAGAGGAAGGAAAAAAUAACUUUUCUUGUCGUUUGAACGUACUAGGUCAUAAUCAAGAAGGAGGAUCACCGUCUCCAUUUGAUCGUUACUAUGCUGCUGUUAUAGCAUCUAAAUGUUACCAAUGGCUUGUAGAUCAAUUGGAAGGAAACGCUGACUGCUCUAAUGAAAAUCAAUGUGAUACUUGUAGAUCAGCAAGCUUAAUAGGAAUGAUUUCAGAGCGAUAUAAAUUUACGCCAUUAGUUGACUUAUUUGAGCAGGCUGACUUUGAAAAACGGAUGCCGAAAAGCCAAUGGUGGCUAAAUUUACGUCCAGUUUUAAAAAUAUUGUCACACUAUACGACACUUGAAGACUUAUCUCAAUUAUCAGAGGACAGUUGCCAUUGUGAGGAUUAAAUGUUACUUAAAUAAUAUCAUAUUGAAAAAACUCUAGAUGUCAUCGAGCAUGCAAGUUUUGCAUAAGCUGUAUACAAAUUUAAUAAAAAACUGUAUAA